AACGCGUGAGCGGAUCCCACAGGUGUGUUGCUGCCAACCGUGCCGCCCACGGCUCCUGGAGACUCAAACACACACACACACACACACACACACCUGGGAAAUGACCAUGUGACUCGACACCUGGGCGUGGAGAAAGUCCUCGAUAUUGUAACCAGAGACUCUUUUGUUGAGGAGUUGCCCGGGUCGCCUUGCAACAGGAAUUGACAAGUCGGUCAACCAAGUAGCCCGUGUUUUCUACGGAAUAGUGCCUUUUUGAAAGCAGUCGGGGAACGCGUGAGGAGAGUAAAAUGUGAAGUUGGUUACGGACUUCUUUUUUUAAACAUCAUUAUUUCACCAAGGGGGUUCCUUCGGUAUCUGGACUGUUCCCGUUUGUGCAACUACUCCCUUUGAUCCUUUUUCCUCCAAGAGCCCAGGCCCUUAAUGAAGCUGGGGGUCAGCGGCAGUGUGUGGCUAAUUGGCCAAGUUUGCCUGGGGCUCCGGCUGCCUGUGAUUGAAGUGUCCAGUGAGGGCCAACUGUGCAGCCGCCGCUGCACCCUGUUCUGUUCCACUCCAGCAGCCAAGACGCUCAUUGCACCCCUGUCUGCCUCUCCCUAAGAUGGCGAGCUGGGUGUCCCUCCUCCUCUUUCUCUUCUGCAAGUCAAUCUCACAAGCCCAGGAGGAGAGCAACAACAUCCCCAUUUUGGAGUUCACCUCCGAGACCUCCAUCAACAAUGUGGUCCAGGACCCCCAGACCGGUCGCAUCUACCUGGGGGCCAUCAAUACCAUCUUCCAGCUGGGGCCGUCACUCCACCUGCAGGCUCGCGCCGAGACGGGUCCCAAAGAGGACGCCCGAACCUGUACACCUCCUGCUUCUGCAUGCCAGGACACGAAGCCCAUGAACAACCACAACAAGCUUCUGCUGGUCCAUCCGUCCAACGGUUCUCUCAUAGUCUGCGGCAGCCGCUACAGGGGCAUCUGCUCCCUCCUCAAUCUGACCAAUGUGGAACAGCAGCUGUAUUACAGUGACAGUAAAGGAGAGAGGACUUACGUGGCUAGCAUAGAGGAUAACGUGAACGUGGUGGCCGUAAUGUCCACCUACUCAAAAGAUGGGCACACCUUCAGUGUGUUUGUUGUUGGGAAGGGCUAUGGAAGCCUGGACAGUACAAAACUCAUCAGCACACGAAUCCUUCAGGACUUCCGUGACUGGGUUGUGUUUGAGAGCAUCAUUGAGGCAUCAACGGUACAGACAACACCAUUUGUUCCAAAGUACCUACAUGACUUCCGCCUUGCCUUCAAAGAGGAUGGUUUUGUUUAUUUCCUCUUCUCGCGGACACUCGAUGGUACAGAUACUAAAAACCUGACCUUUGUGUCUCGUCUUUGUGAAGACGACUACCAUUACUAUUCCCACACGGAGCUCCAGUUAAACUGCGGCCCGAAUAACCGAUACAAUAAGGUCCAAGCUGCAUAUGUGGCUUUUCCAGGAAAAGAGCUUGCACGGGUCAUGACUGAAUCAAGUGUGUAUGACAAGGUCGACUCCUGGAGCAAAGUUCUGUUCAUGGUGGCGAGUUCAGACAAUGACGACAGCGACUCGGCUCUCUGCAUGUACCCACUCAACUCCAUUAAUAAGCGGCUGGUGGAAAUCAUCAGUGCAUGUUACAGUGACUCUGGGAAAAUUUCCCGGAUUCCUGCUGUGGACAUCCCCUACUCUUCUAAAACCGAUGAAUUCUGUACAUCGAAAAUUGCAAAGGAUACUUUGGCAAACUUCAAAUGUGGUGCAGACUUUCUGCCUUCCCCUCUGGCCAGCAAGCCGAAAUUUGCCUUAAAGGCAGAUGCAGUGUACACCACCUCUGGCCUUCUGACUGCUGUGGCUGUUGCUGUGGAGAAUGAUCACACCAUCGCUUUCUUGGGGAACAGCAAGGGGGAAGUUUUCAAGGUGCACCUGAGCGCAGAUGUAUAUAUGUACAACAGAAUUUCUGGCGACACCAUAGGAGAAAAGGUCAACAAGAACCUUUUCUUUGACCUCAGUCAGAGCCACCUCUACAUUACCACUGAAAAAAAGAUCACCAAGGUGCCAGUGCAGACGUGCCUCCAAAAGAAAGACUGCCAAUCGUGUGUGGAUUUGAAGGACCCUUACUGUGGUUGGUGUGUCCUGGAGGGCAGGUGUACCAGGAGGUCUGAGUGCCGACGGGCAGAGGAGAAGAAUGGCUGGCUUUGGAGCCCCCAGCAGCAGUGUGUCAAGAUCAUCUCCUUCUAUCCCCCGAACCUUUCCUGUAAAAAGACUCAAAAGGUGAAGAUCAACAUCCAGUAUCUUCCUACAGUGGGGCUUUCUGACCGUCUGCACUGCACCAUCAAUUCGUUCCAGAGUAAGGGCAGGUCUGACAAUGGUCACGUUUCCUGCGAUCUGCCCAAUCCUACGCUUAUACCACAAACAUCUGGGGACCAAGACUUUGUGGCCGUGCCAGUCAGGAUUUUUGUCAACGAGACUGUGGAGCUGGCCACGGGGGACUUCAAGUUCUACAACUGUGCUGCUACAGUGAGGAAAUCUGAAAACACACCGUGCAUGUCAUGUGUGGCCAGUUCGUGGGGCUGCCAGUGGAAUACACAUGACCACACCUGCAGCGACAUGGACGACGUGGUGGAUACUAACAUCAUCAAGCAGCGUCAGGGAGCGAAGUGUCCUCAGUUUGAGAAUCCAGAUCCAGUGCUGAUCCCCGUGGGCUACAAGACUCAUAUCAGCUUUGAGGGUAUCAAUUUGGACCUCUACCAGGGCCGUGCUUUCACCAUCGGCACUGAGCUGAUGAGAAAUGUAGAGGAAGAGGUCCAUUUUGAGAGUGGGCCGUUCUACACCUUCAGCGGCUUCAGUUUUUCUUACAACAAGUCACCAGAGACCAAUGUUCUCUUCUACGUGAAGGACAAGGAGUCGGGCAAAAAGAUGGACAGCACGCUGAACGUCACCCUGUACAACUGCUCCGUGGGGAGAGAGGACUGUAGCCUCUGUAAGAACGCUGACCUAAAGUACAGGUGUGUGUGGUGCGCAAGGCAGAAGGCAUGUGUGUACGAGAAGUUGUGCAAUCCUGACCAGCAAGGGUCUGGAGAUCCUUACAACACUGAGUGUCCUGACCCCCAGAUCACUGAUAUCAUCCCCCGUUUUGGUCCCCUGCAGGGAGGAAUCUCCAUCACCAUCCGGGGCUCAAACCUCGGCAUCCACAAGGAAGACAUUAAAAGCAUCACCGUGGUUGGGGAGCCCUGUAUCCAUCAGGAGGAGAAGUACUCUGUCUCCACUAGUGUGGUGUGUCAGAUUGGCCCUGUGUCAAACAGUAACUGGGGCCAGGUGGAGGUGGAGGUGAAGGGGGGGAAGAGAGGAACCUCCUCCAUGUACUUCACCUACAGGAACCCAAUUCCCGAGGUGGUGAAACCUUCUAGAGGUCCUAAAGCUGGGGGCACCCUCAUUACAAUUUCUGGACAAUUUCUGGACACUGGCAGUACGGAUGAUGUCCAGGUUACCGUCGGAGGGGUGGACUGCACUAUGGAGCACUUCGGAGUAGAGAUCACCUGCAGGACAGGAGAAUACAGAGCAGAUAAGGUGCCUUCUGACCCUCUCGCCGUUGUAGUGAAGUAUGGAAAGAGUACCACAAAAACCAUUCCAAGUGCCUUCCAAUUCUUGGAAAAUCCCAUCAUGCUGGACCACCACCCUAAAGGAAGCUUUGUCUGUGGAGGGAGGAACAUUGUGGUGACCGGCUCCGGCUUUGACAUAAUCCAGACUGCUGUCUUGAAAGUCAACGGAGACAACUCGACAGCUUUUGAGGACGCCCACAAGAAGAAUGACACGGUCAUCCAGUUUCGGUCUCCAACAGUAAACAGCUCCCUGAACCAGCCCCUUAAAACAUAUAUCCAUCUGGACAACUUGGUGAAGGAACUGAAGCCCUUCGUCUACCACCCUGACCCCGUCUUCAAUGAGGUCACCAAGAAGGUCAUCACAGAGGCCAGCAUCAUCAUCGUCACUGGUCGGGGAUUCUCAAGAGCUAUGACGGCCAAAGAGGCUCAAGCUUUUGUGGGCGACGUUCCCUGUGUGGUCAACACACUUCAGGACGACAAGCUGUUUCUGGACCCACCUUCCACCCCGCCCAGCGCUCGCUCCAGACGACACCGCAGAGACACCCGUCCCGAGCUGCUGGACUUAACGAUCAAGUUUGGAAAAGGGGAGUGGGUUGUCGGCUCGGUGCAAUACGAGAAAAAGAAUGAUUUGUCACUCUACAUCAUCAUCCCUGCUGUCAUUGUGCCCAUGCUGCUCAUCAUCGCUAUCUCUGUCUACUGCUACAGGAGAAAGAGUCAGCAGGCAGAGAGGGAGUACGAGAAGGUGAAACACCAGCUUGAGAAUUUGGAGGAGAGCGUACGGGACCGCUGCAAGAAAGAAUUCACAGACUUAAUGAUUGAGAUGGAGGACCACACCAAUGAACUCAGCGAGGGACGGAUCCCGUUCCUGGACUACAAAACCUACACAGACCGCGUCUUCUUCUUGCCCUCUAAGGACGGUGCCAAUGAUGUGAUGAUCACAGGAAAGCUGGACAUCCCAGAGGCUCGACGGGCCACAGUGACUCAGGCGCUCAACCAGUUCUCCAACCUACUGAACUCUAAGACCUUCCUCAUUAAUUUUAUCCGUACGCUGGAGCGCAGUCAUGACUUCAAUGCCAGGGCAAAGGUGUACGUUGCCUCCCUUCUGACAGUGGCUCUGCACGGGAAACUGGAAUACUACACGGACAUUAUGAGAACACUGCUGCUGGAGCUGAUGGAGGAAUACGUAAACAGCAAGAACCCUAAACUCAUGCUCCGCAGGUCAGAGACCGUAGUGGAAAGGAUGCUGUGUAACUGGAUGUCUAUCUGCCUUUACCAGUUUUUGAAGGACUCUGCAGGCGAGCCCUUGUACAAACUGUUCCGAGCCAUCAAGCACCAGAUCGAGAAAGGGCCAGUGGAUGCCAGAGUGAAGAAAGCCAAGUACACCCUCAACGAUACGGGGCUGUUGGGCGACGACGUAGAGUACUCCAUCCUGACCCUGCAAGUGUUGGUGCAGGGCGAGGGUCCAGAUGUGACACCCGUCAAGGUGCUGAACUGUGACACCAUCUCGCAGGUGAAAGAGAAGAUAAUAGAGCAGGUGUACAGGAACCUGCCGUACUCCCAGCGGCCCAAGGUCGACAGUGUCACACUGGAGUGGCGCCCCGGCUCAACUGGGCAGAUUUUGUCAGAUCUGGACUUGACUUCCCAGAAAGAGGGCAGGUGGAAACGCAUCAACACUCUGGCACAUUAUAACGUGCGAGAUAACGCCACAUUAGUCUUGUCCAGAGCCUUUCACAGUCACAACUACGACCAGAACCAGGAAAACCAUGAAGAGCGAAAUGCUCUGUUGGAAGAUGACAAGGUGUUUCACUUGGUGAGGCCGGCAGACGAACUGGAUGAGAUCAAAUCUAAACGAGGAAGCAUAAAGGACAAGUCGAUGACCAAAGCCAUUACAGAGAUCUAUCUAACGCGACUCCUUUCUGUCAAGGGAACACUGCAGCAGUUUGUGGAUGACUUCUUCCGCAGCGUGCUGUGCUCUGGGGCAGUGGUGCCACCGGCUGUCAAAUAUUUCUUUGACUUUCUGGAUGAGCAGGCGCUGAAACACAACAAUGUGGAUGAGGAGACUAUCCAUAUCUGGAAGACUAAUAGCCUUCCUCUGCGCUUCUGGGUGAACAUCCUCAAGAAUCCCCACUUCACCUUUGACGUCCACGUGUCUGAGGUGGUGGACGCCUCGCUCUCCGUCAUUGCCCAGACUUUCAUGGACGCCUGCACCAAGAGCGAGCACAAACUCAGUCGGGACUCUCCAAGUAACAAACUACUCUAUGCAAAGGAGAUCUCCACCUAUAAGAAGAUGGUGGAUGAUUACUACAAGGGCAUCAGGCAGAUGGUACCUGUCAGUGACCAGGACAUGAACACUCAUCUGGCAGAGGUGUCACGGGCUCACACAGACAAACUGAACACACAAGUGGCUCUCCAUCAGCUUUACCAGUACGCCAGUAAAUACUAUGAUGGGAUCAUCGCAUCCCUAGACGAGGACCCAGCUGCCCAGAGUAAACAGCUGACCCUGCGGCUCCAGCAGAUAGCAGCUGCCCUGGAAAACAAAGUGACUGAUCUCUAACCCACUGAGUGGAGAGAGAGAGAGAGGGAGGGAGGGAGGAAGGGAGAGGAAAUGUUGACAGAGCAUAACGAGCUCCAGAGACCCCAGAAUGUUAACGAUUCCUGCCUUGGCUGGAGAGAGGUUUGCACAGACCUUGAGCCUGCCUGCCUGCCUGCCUGCCUGCCUGCCUGCCUGCCGUCUCAGCAUGGCACCCUGGCAUCCCGACCAACAGCACUUGGCACUGCCCACUCAGCGCAGUGCAGAGUGGCACUCUGUAUAAUGGAAUCAGCAGGGGAGGCUUUUGAUCUUAAUUGCAUGCCGACUGCAGACUCCAUCCUUGUCUCCGCUGUUUACUGCUGACUCCUCUCUCACUGACAGAGUUGAUGCAAGAAGCUUCUUUCAGAGCCUUUCUUUAACCAAAAAUGUGCCUUAUUAAAUAGGAUCAUACAUAUAUUGUUUCUAAAUUAUUCUAUUGGUAACCUAGGUGAUUAUGAUGAUGAUAGUGCUAUAGACACAGCAAUGUAUUUGGAUUUGUGAUAUUAUGUGUGCUGUCUAAAAUGCUAGAUACCCUGCUGCAGCCAUUUGCGUGCCAAUAGGCUGAAGACAUUUCAGUAUGAUUUCUUUUAUGGUUGCAGUCUUGAUGUGUGCAUUUCAUUUGGGUGUCUGUGGCGUGUGCUUAGUAGGACUUUGGUGGUUGAGGCAAACAACAGUGGCCAAUGUGAUUUGGAUUUCCCUUGAAAAUGUCUGCCAUUCCUAAAUUAGUCUAAAGUCAAAAGGGUAUCCUUAUGUAGACUGAAUAUAGCGCAAAAUUGUUCCAACUGUGUUUUUUUUGCCCUGUGUUUCUAAGCUAUUCCACAGUGUGUACUGUAUGAUAAAUGACUAUCUAUACUCGACAAAUGACCUUUCUUACUGCUGUGCAGUUAUUAUUUUUAUUUCUUGUUUCCUAUACCAUAUAAAUCUUUGUAAAACAUGUUGAAAUACUGUAUUCUAACUGUAUAAUCCUAUGCAUUGAGUCCUGGGACAAAAACAAAAAAGAGGAAAAAAAAACGUUUGUGCAGUUGUCGAGACUUUUUUCCAUUUUGAAACUUGUGUAUGUGCUGUAAUGAUAAAACAAACUGGGACACUCCAUUUUCAGUACAGGACCAUUAAUGGCAGCCAACCCCCCGACCCCCACCCCCAUCCAUCCAAGGCAGCUCAGAAGAUUCUCGAUCUUAUACCUGAUCUGGUUGUACUGGAUGAACUUAAUUUUACAAAUUUAUGUGUGGACGGAGCAGUUACCCCCAGGUUUCAUCAUACACUACUCCGUGAAUAAACUCAGAGACAUAUACACCCUUCA